GAGAAUGAUGGAGGUUUGAUUGCUGGGUUUGGUAGUGCGGGGUUGCUGGAAUUCACUUUUGCAUUGGGCUUUUUCUUUUCCACGACUCGUUUGCGAGGGAAUUUUCGUUUCCUCUCCUAAUUCCACAGAGUUAGCUAAGGGAACGCAAAGGGGCAGUUUUGGGAAAGCGACCCCGAGCGCCUGGGCUCAUUUAAAUGGCUGAUAGUGGAGAAGUGUCUCACAAUUAAUUAGCUGGCUAGCUUGCUUGCUAGCUGGCUGGCUGGAAAUGCAGUUGGGUAACUAGCGAGUGAGCUGGCUGCUGAGCCAGAUAGCGAGGCAUUAGCAUGCAUAUUUGAAGAGGUUGUCAAGCCCCGGGUGGCUACAUGAUCAUCAGAUCAAUGCCUAGCUACAAGGAAUAAGAUUUGGGGGAACUCGUUUUUUUCUUUUUUUCCCCCCAGUUUUUCCACAACCAUGCAUGAUCCUGUCAGACUCGACUGCCAGCGAGGGGAAGAUCUCAUGCUACCCCCUAUGCGUUUAUCCUGAUGUUUUGAGAAGACAUGCCACCUCACCAGAAGAAGAGGAAUCGCCGCAACACUACAGUAGCUUUUUUUCUUUUAAAAUGUUGACGACGUGUGUGUGCGCAUUGAUAUAUUUAUUGUAGGACACUUUUAAACAUUCGCCACCAAGGGAAACGAAACGCGGCAAAACAAACAAGGAGAAGCCAGGGGGAAAUAGCGAAGAAUAUGGCUUCGGUGUGGAAAAGAUUGCAGCGUGUGGGGAAACAUGCUUCCAAAUUCCAGUUCGUGGCAUCGUAUCAGGAACUCAUGGUGGAAUGCACAAAGAAAUGGCAACCGGACAAGCUGGUGGUGGUGUGGACACGCAGGAGUCGGCGGAAAUCCUCCAAGUCUCACAGUUGGCAGCCUGGGAUUAAAAACCCUUACAGAGGGGUGGUGGUGUGGCCUGUUCCAGAAAACAUCGAAAUCACCGUCACCCUGUUCAAGGACCCUCAUGCAGAAGAGUUUGAAGACAAGGAGUGGACCUUCGUUAUCGAAAAUGAGUCUCCCUCUGGGCGGCGGAAAGCUCUGGCCACCAGCAGCAUCAACAUGAAGCAGUACGCCAGCCCCAUGCCCACGCAGACCGACGUCAAGCUCAAAUUCAAGCCGCUGUCCAAGAAAGUGGUGGCAGCCACGCUGCACUUCUCCCUGUCCUGCAUCUUCCUGCGGGAGGGCAGAGCCACGGAUGAAGACAUGCAGAGUCUGGCCAGCCUGAUGAGCAUGAAGCAGGCGGACAUCGGAAACCUGGACGACUUUGAGGAGGAGAACGAGGAGGACGAGGAGAACCGGGUCAACCAGGAGGAGAAGGCUGCCAAGAUCACAGAGAUAGUAAAGCAGCUGAACGCCCUCAGCAGCUUAGAUGGGGACCCCGACGACGGCCUAAAGGCAGAGCAUAAGCCUCCCGCUAAAUCCGCCAGUUCCUCUGAAGAGCUCAUCAACAAGCUGAACUUCCUGGAGGAGGACGACCAGGAAGCCCCAGGCAUGAGCACCAACCCCUUCGAGGACCCUGACGACAGCAACGAGCUGAACCCUUUCGGAGACCCGGAUGAGGAAGAGCCCGUCACUAAGCCAGCUGUCCAGUCUCGUCAGAAGGAGGAGCUUUUCGGGGAUCAGGGCUCCACUAAUCCUUUCGACGAGCCGGAACCCGAGGCCCCGCAGUACGGGAACCCGUUUGACGAGCCGGACCCGGAACCCGGGCCUCCUCCCGAGAGGGGCUGGAGGGACGGCCAGGGGGAGCAGUCCCCCCCAAAACCCACCAAGAGGAAGAAUGUACACCCAGUGGACAUGAGCAAGUACCUCUACGCCCACACCACCCCCGCCGAGGAGGAGGAGCUGGACGAGUCAAACCCAUUCUACGAGCCCAAGGCCCCCGGCCCCGCCCGACCCUCGCACCCCUCUCCGGAGAGCAGCCUGGAGAGACGCAUGAAGAGGAGGGCCCCUGCGCCCCCUCCCGCCGCCCCCUCACCCCCGACACCAAAGACAGCCCCCGAGAGGGCGGGGAGCGGGCCCGCUGCUGUAGCUGCUGCUAUAGGGAAGGAGCUGGCCUCCUCCUCUCCCAAGCCGAGCCCCAUCCCGAGCCCGGUGCUGGGGGGGAAGCCCAAUGCCAGUCAGUCCCUGCUGGCCUGGUGCCGGGAGGUGACCAAGAACUAUCGCGGGGUGAAGAUCACCAACUUCACCACGUCCUGGAGGAACGGGCUGGCUUUCUGCGCCCUGCUGCAUCACUUCAGACCCAACUUAAUAGACUACAAGUCCCUCAAUCCUCAGGAUAUCAAAGAAAAUAAUAAGAAGGCGUACGAUGGGUUUGCCAAUCUGGGUAUCUCGAGGCUGCUGGAACCUUCCGACAUGGUGCUGCUGGCCAUCCCGGAUAAGCUGACGGUCAUGACGUACCUGUACCAGAUCCGGGCCCACUUCAGUGGCGAGGAGCUCAACGUGGUGCAAAUCGAAGCCAACAGCAGCCGCAGCACCUACAAAGUGGGCGACUUCGAGACCGACACCAACAGCUCCAUCGACCAGGACAAGUUCUACGCCGAACUCAACGACGUCCGCCGAGAGACGGAGGCCAGCCCCGCCGGCCCCCCCACCGCUGCUAACGGAGCGAGCCAGCCAGGAGCCGGGCUGUGCCAGGGGGAGGAGGGGGCGGUGUUCGCCAGCAGCGCCGCGUCUGUGUCUGCCGCGCCCCCUAUAGGCGAGCCCAGCGGAGACCGGCCACCAUCCCUCCCCGCUCUCGUCUCUGCCCCCACCCACGGGUCACCCCCGCCCUCCUUGUCCACGACCUCUGAACCCGACCCAAAAGCCCGACCCGCGCCAAGGUCUUUGCCCGGUACCAGGGAGCGUGAUUCCCCCGACAGGCCGGUCCCGGGUCAAAGGAGGCUGCUGAAAGUGGACGUUCAGGACCUGAGUGAUCUGCAGGUGACGGCCGAGGAGGACAGGGGGGAGCGGGUGGGGGCAGCCCCCCCGUGGCGCGUCGGGGAGGGGGAGCGGACCAAAGAGAGGGCCGUGGAGUCUGACGGCCAGGGCCCGGGCCCGGCCCCGCCCACACACAGGGCGGGAACCUCCCCUCCUCACAAACUGGGCUUCUCCUACAACAGAGACGCCGACCUCAUCAAGAAGAAGAGGGCCAGCAUGCGGCAGGCUGAGUCUGACACCACCGCUGACACCAGUGUCCCCAACAACCACACAGGCAUACCCUCCAAGCUCAAGCAGGAGGAAACACCUGCUCUGCUGUGUAAUUCCACAGACGAGAAGAAGGUGCAGUCUCGGCAGGAGGAGCUGAAGGAAAGAGCCAGGCUUCUGCUGGAGCAGGCCCGACGAGACGCCGCCCAGAAGGCGGGGAGCAAACACACAGCCAACGCCCAGGCCGCCGCCCUGCCCCGCCCCCCACACAUCACUGACGAGCAGGACGAGGAGCGCAGGAGGCAGCUCAGAGAGCGAGCUCGGCAGCUCAUCGCAGAGGCCCGGUCCGGGGUCAGGAUGGGAGACCUCCCCCUCUAUGGAGACGCGGCCACAGACAGGGCGAAGGGAAGGCCAAAGGCAGGAGGUGUGGAGGAGAGGGCUGAGGAAGAGCAGAGUUAUGAUGGUGAUGAUGAUGAUGGUGAUGAUGAUGAUGGUGCCUCUGUGGCCACCGCUGCCGUUGAUGCUGUAGAUACUAACCCAGAAGAACUUCCUGUCUGCUCCUACCUAGAGGAAGGAGAUGAUAUUACUAACCCAAUCAGUGACUUUGCCGCUCCUGGUGUGCAGAACAGCAGGCACCUGGACCUGAAGGUGAAGAAACCGCUGGAGGUGCGGCCUCAGUCCAGCAGCUCCUCCCCCUUCACCUCCUCCUCCUCCCCCUCGCCUCAGAGCCCCGGAGAGAGUCCGGAGCAGGAGGGCCUCCAGGGUAACGAGGAGGACGUGCGAGCGGAGCGUCUGCGCAGAGCGUCAGAGCGUCUGCGCAGUCCUGUGGUCUUCAACAAGGAGUCUGCAGUCAGGAAAACACAGCUCAAGUCCUUCAGCCAGUAUGUGGAGACCAGGCCAGAGGUAAAAAGGCAAAGAUCAGUGCCUGAGGAUUCAAAGAGAGCAAACGAAGAGACGGAGCCAAUCAGCGAGACAGAGCGCAAGGCAUCUGAAGAUGAAAAGGCUUUCAAAGACACCAGCCAGUAUGUUGUGGGGGAGCUGGCUGCUCUGGAGAGCGAGCAGAGGCAGAUAGACGCGCGGGCGUCGCGGGUGGAGAGGAGGCUACGCUAUCUCAUGGACACAGGGAAUAAUAAGGAAGAAGAAGAGGCCAUGAUGCAGGAGUGGUUCAUGCUGGUGAAUAAGAAGAACGCUCUGAUCCGGAGACAGAACCAGCUCUCCCUGCUGGAAAAGGAACAUGAUCUUGAGAGACGCUUUGAGCUGCUGAACCGGGAGCUGAGAGCAAUGCUGGCGAUUGAAGACUGGCAGAAGACGGAGGCGCAGAAGCGCAGGGAGCAGCUGCUGCUGGACGAGCUGGUCAUACUGGUGAACAAGCGAGAUGCACUGGUGCGAGACCUGGAUGCCCAGGAGAAGCAGGCUGAAGAGGAAGACGAGCACCUGGAAAGAACGCUGGAGCAAAACAAAGGCAAAAUGACGAAGAAGGAGGAGAAAUGUGUCGUCCAGUGAUGUCACUUCAAAAGAUAUUUAAUAAACUAUCUUUAUAGU